GCCCCGACCUCAUUCAAACGACUGCUCUCCUGUGGUUCCUGGUGCCAGUUCCUCUGCCGCCGUCUUCAACUAGGCAGUUGGGGUUGAGUGACUUGCCAAGGGUCACACAGCUAUCUUUUCUCACCUUGGGAGCAGUUCCAGAAGCCAGGCAUGUAUAUGCGGGUAGAGACCCGAACUAGCUCCCUUCUCCAUCUGAAGAGGUCUCCUGGUAUCCGAUCCUGGUCUCUUCUUGUAGGGAUCUUGUCCAUUGGCUUGGCAGCUGCAUACUACAGUGGAGAUAAUCUAGGCUGGAAAUUCUUCUAUGUCACAGGGUGUCUAUUUGUGGCGGUGCAGAACUUAGAGGACUGGGAGGAAGCCCUAUUUGACAAGACUACUGGGAAAGUAAUCUUGAAAACAUUUAACCUCUACAAGAAAAUACUGACAGCUUCUAGAGCAUGCCAUGAGCAAGUGGUGGUUGGACUGAAUGAUAUUCAGGAUGUGAAUGUCAUAGAGGAGAAAGUUCGAUAUUUUGGGAAGGGCUAUACAGUGGUACUUCGGUUUGCAACAGGUUUUUCCCAUCCUCUUACCCAGAGUGCAGUGAUGGGUCAUCGGAGUGACGUGGAGGUAAUUGCCAAGCUUAUCACCAACUUUCUGGAGCUGCACCAGCCAGAGAGCCCUAAAGACUUGUCCCAAAGCAGCGACACUGAGACCAGUGAUGUGGAUGACCCCAGGCAGCAGAACUAAGUUUGACAGGGUGGCCUAAGCCACUGAGUCUGGCUGCCCUAUUCUUCCUGAAGCUUUUGAUACUUCCUUCCUCCCUUUUCCCAGAGCUUGCUUGGCUCCAUUGAUGUGAGCUGCUAACAGAGGGAUCUACGUUUUCUUUCUGCUUCUCUGACCAGAUUGGAUCUUCAACCAUAUGGCCAUUUGUUGAGUUCGUCCCUUCCUUCCUAUUUGUUGUGUAGUCACAGAACUUAAAGGGACCUUAGAGACUAUCCAGCCCUCUCACUUUACAGAGGAGGAAGCUGAGGCUGAGAAAGGGGAAGUGACUUUCCUUGCAUUAUACAGCUUAAUAAAUGGAAGAGCUGGGACAUGAACUACAUCAUAUAUAACUCCAUUGUUCUUUCCUCUAUACCAUGUUGCCUUAUGCCACUCUCGGGAGUGGGAGAUUAGGCUGACAUGUCUUCUCAGCUUUCCUUACCUAGAGUAUCUGGAGAGGUCUGGGCAAGAAGGCUCUUUUGAGAUUUUGCUUCAGAGAUGAGAAGCAUGAAGAAGUACAAAAUGAAAGGACUUGAGAGGAAUGAGAUUCGGGGAGGAAUGUGAAUGUCAACCAUUUGGAGUUACUUCUGCUGAUAUCCAUGGGUCCAUGGAUAGAUUUCAUGGGACAUUUGAACUUAGAUGGGGAAGAAAAAAAAUUACAUAUCUAUUUUCACUAACUGCUAAUUGAAAUUUAGCAUUUCUUUCAAUUAUGAAGUUUUAAAAAACCCCAGUAUUCUAAGAAGGGAGUCCAUACUGCAUACUUCACCAUACUGUCAAUGAAGUCCAUGACACAAAAAUACUUGAGAACUGGUCUAGAGGCAUUUGAAUGUACUUAAAAUCACAUCUACAAAAAUUGCUGCCUUAUUAUGGGACCAAGUGAGGCAGCUGGUAACUUUGGUUGUUAAAUAUUUAAUUGCUUCUAUGAAAUUUUAGAGAGCUGAUAGCCCCAGCUCUUCAAAGAGGGGCUUGAAGUGAUUAUAUGGCCAUUGCCAGUUGGAGAGUCUGUUCUUUGUGUACCUUUUAAAUGUUUUGUCUCUGGAAAUCAUUAGGAAGUCAAAUCUUAUCCCAGCCUUCUCAAAAAAAUUCUCCCCAACUGGGGAGUACAACUGUACAAGUGCUUAAAUUAAAGGGUCUUAUGAGAUGCCAGAAGUCCUAGCUUUAUACCAGCCAUAGAUAAUGAAACCCUGCAAAUGAAUUGAAUAGGCCAACUGAGAAAUAAGAUCUCUUUAUACCUCCAGCUCAGGUUCCACCUCACUAAAGAGGCUGAAGUGAGUUUUGGGUGGGUAUAUGAAGCAGCAGAGUGUGCCUAACUGUAGAACUAGGUAUGUUUUGGGGGUUAUGAGUAAAUGAGGAAGUUCUCUAGAGAUCUCAAGGUGUUUUCUUUCAUAUUCUUAACAGCAACUGCCCUUUUUUAACCAGCCUAUCUUUCUUCUGUCUAUGGUGAACCAAAAGGAUAGAAUAUAUACUGGAGCUUGCAACACACGUCUUGUGAGGGGCCUCCUUAUUGCAUCCAGCUCCAAUUUAUUAUAAAUAGACUUCACAGGUGGGUUAUUGUGUAGAAUCCUUCCUGUUAGAUGUGUGCCCAAUAGGGAGACACUGGCUGCUGGUUGCAUGUUUAAGUAUAUUCGAGAAGUCUCAGGUCAUUUUGAGAUCUGUUUUUGCCAACUGUAAAAUAUGAAGUCAGAGAAAGUAACCUUCCUUCACUCUUCCUUUUACUUCUUGGGCUGCAAAACUACAAGGCUUAUGAAAUGAGUUUUUAACCAAAGAAAUAUUACUGUUAGUCCAGAGGGGAAGCCAUUUUAAAUAAAUGGCAGAGAAAUAGCUCUUCGUUAACUCAUGUCAGGUUCUAGAGAUUUCGUUCCCCAAGUUACCUUUUUUACUUUCACCUUUUCUAAGCUAUUUGGGGAAACUUGUAUGCGGGAUAGAAGUCUUUGGCCAGUGGGCCCAAGCCCAGAAAAACUGGAUGAAUUGUAGGCCAUGAGACUGGUGGCUUCUGAGAAUAGGGUUUGAAAAUUCAGUUCCUGAACUGGCAUAAAUUCAGACCAUGCUCAUGAGACCUGGCCUGUUUUCUUGCAUGUUGUGAUGCCUUAAUAGCCAUAAUUCCUCUGACUUGGCAGGACUGGGGCAUCUGCUCUACAGCUACUUUGGCUCAGUACUACAUUUUUUUCUUCAGAAAAGGGUAUGUGUGCUUCUGUGUCAGGGCAGAUUAAUACAGAUUAAGUCCUAUGUAACAUAAAUUGGCUUCACUCUUUACAUAGCAGCAUAGAAACCUUCUGUAAUUUGCCUUUGGAUGAUUCUCUUAAGAAAGGAGUAACUCAGCUAAUGGGAUUCUCUUUUCCUGCAUUCUCUUUCCUAAAGAGUAAAGAAAGCCCAGUUUUAGCUACAAAGAUGUGCCUGUCUAGAACCUUGGUAAUUUGUUGUCCUUUCUAAUCUCAGCAUCUUCACUCCCUUGUGACUCAGUGGCUAGAUGUCUAGCUCCCACAGAAAACAGGUGUGGGGAGGAAUCUUGGAAGUCAUCAGAUUUCUUUGUGAGAACUCUGAAGACCUAGUAGGUUGUUGGCUUAACACAAUGGGUUUUAGUUUUCUAUCCAUCCCUGCCCCACUAGUUUCAGCAUUAUUUUAUGUUUGAGGGUUAGAACUUUGCCAGCUACCAUGUCUUAACAAUCAGCUGCUAAACUGAAACACCACUAGGUAGGCGAGACUCACUGCCCAUUUCAUUCUGGAUAUUCAUAGCAGAUUUCACAUGUGGCAGGAAUUAGUUUCUAGAACUGAAGAAAAUGCACUGGGUGUGCUAGAUACCUAACACAUUACUGCAUGUGGGAUGAAACACCUAUUCCCCUAAAGUGAAAGAUGGAUUGUGUAGACUGAAGGUUGAGUUUGGGUGGAUCCAUCACAUCUGUGUAGUCACAUAAAGAGGUCAUUACUUGUGUGAGAGACUGAGAGCUGUUCUAUUCUGUGGCCACAGUUGAACCAGUUAAUUUGUUUCCUGGUCAUAAGGUACAGUGAGAAUAUGAGUAUCAGGGCAUAGCCAGUUUCUGGUGAAAUGGCUGAAGAUGAAGUGAAUUAGGCUUUCAACUUACAUUUUACUAGUCAAUCAAAAUAGGUGAAAUCCAAAAAAUUUUGAAAGCUUCUUUUUAGUCAUUUAACUCGUAACAAUUAGCCUUUUUGCCAUAGUGGCCUGCACAUACUCAUGUUAAAUGCUCUUUGUAAUUGACCAUGCAAGGUAGAUAGUAAGAGAAAGACAAAGAACUUUUUUCUUCCAUAAGCUGGAUAAUUAGUCCCUAAUUGGGGCUUGACAGUGACUACCUUCCUAGAUGAAUCCCUCGUUCAGAUAAAUGCCAUGGGCUCUGCCAUUGUACGCAUCUUGGUGAACUUGGUCCUGACACUGAUUCUGUGAAUUAAUUAUUCAUUGAUUUACCUCGAAACACACAGAACCGGUGGGUUUACCUCUGUACCUGAAGCUCUCAUUGGAAUUUCUUUUUGUUGUCUAGUGCUGAAGGCUGAUGGUUAUUUUGGGGGCUUUUAGAAGAAUAUAUUUCUUGAAUAAUUUUCAAAUUUUCCUGUAAGCCUGAUAUUUCUUAAGGCAUGUGGAAAAGUCACAGGAAUUACCUCACACUUCAGGACCCCCUAUCCCUAGGACCCUCCCUUCCUCUUAUUAGAGAGAGUGGGAGGUGGGCUUCUGGGAGCUCUGUGCAGAUCCUCCACCAUUUAAGGAGGGCACUCUGGGCAUUUUCCUUAUCAUUUUCCACCUAGCUGCUUUCCUGGACUUCAUCAUCUCCAGAAACUCAUUCUGCAAGAUGAAACUGACCCAGAAACUUAUACCUUCUCAGAUCAUCUUUCCAUCCCAGCUGCAUGAUAUUACUGUACUAGGCCAUUCCUCCUUCCACAUUCUGCUUGUUAUGUGUAUUCUCCCCCAUUAGACUGUGAGCUCCUUGAGGGCAAUGAGUAUUAUGCCUUUCUUUGUAUCCUAUGCUUAGCACAAUGCCUGGUGCAUAAUAAAUGUUUAUUGACUUUGAAUUAUAAAUCUUUCAACCAUA